AUGUCUAGGAGGAACACUCAAUCGUCAAGAGUAGCUUAUAUGGAAGAGGAGGACGACUCCGGAAAAGUUAUUGGUGUCACAUACGCUGCGUCUGCUGCUCCCAGCUCCAACAAGGAAAGAAUGAACACAGGAAAAUCACGCCGAGGCGAGUCGCCUGGCCCAGUCCACGGCCACAACGACUCGGACUCGACUGCCCAUGCCCGACGUGGCUCGAGGUCAAAGCCCUCGCGAGAGCGCGAUCGGUCUAUUCCACCAGUAAAGAAGGCUGUCACUCUGGCAUCGCGGCCUUCCACGAGGCACUCGAGGACUGCACCCGACAUGGAGACCGGACACCACCACAGACGCUCCAGAGACGAGGCCGAAUACUACGGUAUUGAUCCCGACUCCAUCACGUCGACAUCCUCCCGCCCUCGCUCAAAAACUGCUGCCCCAAGGCCAAGCUACCCUGGAUUUACACGCCCGCCUGUCUCCAACUCGAGAUACCACCAAAUGGGACCGUCACCGCCGCAGUAUCAGCCGCCGCCGCAGUUUCAAACGCCGCAGUUUCAGCCGCCGCCGCAGUUUCAGCAGCCGCCGCCUCCCAUACAACCGUCCUACGGAGCCGGCCCACCACUAAAGCCGCCCUCCCAGGCCCCACUACCCUGGCACCGCCCCCCCCCCUCUCGGUACGCUCCGAUGGGACCGCCGCCACCCAUGUCGCUACCGUCUGCCACUGGCCAGUAUCCUGAAUCUAUCUCCAGACCACAGAGUCUUCAGCAGCGAUUCGAUCUGCCUCGACCUCAGACUUCUUUUGGACACCGUCCGCCGCACUCAGCUGAAUACACCCCUCCUGAUGGAUACUAUCCCGAAGAGAGACAACAGCUUCCCGACAUGCGCCGCCUAUCUCUUUCUGCUGCACGUCCUAAUUCGGCACGGCUGCCUCCUCAGGAUUCUCCGUUUGCGCCGCCUCUCCAUGCGCCGCCAAGGUCCCAGCAGAUCACUGAGUAUCACCAAUACGCAGACGAACCAUACGACGAUGAAAGUGUGUUUCAAGACUCGGCAUCUUCCUACUACGACCUUCCUUCCACAAACUAUGUGCCGCGCAGGCGACGGCCCAGCGUUGGUCCUACGACUGUUGGUUACGAUUCGAGGGCCUAUGGCGCAGAGGCUCCGCGCUCUACCGGCGGCCGCCGCGAUUCUCUCUAUUCGGUACGAUCUGUUUCGGGAGCUGGUCUCGAUGAUAAGAUUCGCCAAGCCAGCUCGUACCAGGAAGAAGUCAGUGGCGGUGUGCGGCUCACGGCCGCGACACUAGAUGAGGCGAACAGGGUCGGUGGGCCUCGCAGCCGGUCGACGCGCAGCUCUGGCAGCCGAGAUGAAAGCGACUGGCGCAAUCCGUCGGCGACGACGAGGACUACACGAUCGAGCGCUGCCGAAGACGACCGCACCAUGAAGGUCAGAGGCCCAGCCUUUAUCAGGAUGGGAGAGACCGAAGUGCAGUGCGAGAUGGGUGCAGAGGUGGAUAUCACGCCGAGUGGCAUCACAGGCAGACGCAGCGAGAGGAACAACUACAUCGAGGCAGAUGACCACCGAAGUAGGUUUGACCGGCCCGCUCUGCGCAAUCGUGCUGCCUCGCAGGCCGCUUCGUACGCCCAGCAUGCGAUAGCACCGUACGAGUAUUCCUACGGUAACGGGCUUGAUUACGCUCGACUGCCAUACAACCAUUAA